AUGGCUCCGGCACCGGGAGGCCCCGGCAAAGUGCGCGGGCGAGCGGCCGCCGGGGUAUUUAUGGUGCCGCGGAGCCCCCGGCCCGGCCGCUACAUCCACGCGUGUUUCCGGACGCGCGGGGCGCGGGUAGGGCGGGCGGCUCCGAUGAAGGCGGCCGUGGGAAGAAGCGGGGAGCGCCGGGCGGACGAACCGGCACCGACGCCGGCACCGGGCUGCCAAACCGGUGCCCGGUGUCCGGGGUGCGGCGUCGGGAGUGCGGUGCCCGGCGCUCCCUCGCCGGUCCCUGGAGCGCGGCGUCGGGCUGUCCGUCCGCGGUACCCCGUACCGGUACUCGGCUGUGUCCGUGAGCUGUACCCGGUCCCGGUAUUCGGUACCCGGUCCCGGUGCUCGCUGCUCCGUGGGCGGUACCCGGCGACUCCCCGGGGAGACGGGGCGGCGCGGAGGGUCCCCAUGGGCCGGUCCCACCGAGCGGGGCCUCCCCGCGUCCUCGCCCUAACAAUGGGGAGCGGCGGAGCCGCGGCACCUCUUAUGGGGCGGCCGGAGCGGCGGCGGCGCCGGGCCUGUCCGUCACGGCCCGGAUUAGCCCGGCGGGUGGCUGCGCCCCGGCCCCGUGCCCAGAGAACGGGUCUGGGAGAGCUCCCGGUGCGAGGAGGAGCACGGCCCGGAAUAGUCCGGGAUAGCUCCCGGCGCACGGAGGGAGCGGGGGACGGGGAUAGCCCGGGAUCUCCCGGGAUAGCCCGGGGGAGUGGAGUGUGA